ACACCAUACCUGGAUGAGCAUGGUGUGAUGCGAGUCGACAGCCGUAUUGGAGCCGUUCCAUACGUCAACUUCGACUUCAAGUACCCUAUUAUCCUGCCGCGGCGUCAUUACCUUACCAAGCUGAUCGUCGACUGGUACCACCGCAGGUACUUGCACGCCAAUCACAGUACAGUCCACAACGAGGUUCGCCAAAGAUUUCACGUCUCCAGUCUGUACACAGUUGUUCUCCAAGUUGCAAAGGAUUGUCAGACCUGUAAGAAUAACAAAGCAGUUCCAACGACUCCUCGAAUGGCUCCUUUACCAUACUCGAGGCUCGCGGCCGGGGUGCGUCCAUUUUCGUAUGUCGGGCUCGACUAUUUUGGACCCAUACAUGUACGUGUCGGACGAAGCUCUGUAAAGCGGUGGGUCGCCCUUUUUACCUGCCUGACAGUGCGAGCAGUUCACCUCGAAGUCGUCCAUACACUCUCGACCGAAUCAUGCAAGAUGGCUGUGCGAAGGUUCGUGGCUCGUCGCGGAUCUCCGGUGGAAAUACAUUCAGACAACGGAACGAAUUUUCAAGGGGCUAGCCGGGAGCUGAAGGACGAAAUCGAGGUUAUUGGAAAAAACUUGGCCGAAACCUUCACCAACUCUAACACAAAGUGGCUGUUCAUUCCACCGUCCGCGCCACACUUCGGAGGUUCGUGGGAAAGACUGGUGAAAUCCGUCAAGGUGGCACUUCGUUCAUUGUGCAGUGAUCGCAAGCCCGACGACGAGACACUGCUGACUGUCCUUGCCGAGGCAGGGUCGAUAGUGAACUCCAGACCACUAACGAAAAUCCCACUGGAAGACGCCAGCCAGGAAGCUCUCACCCCGAAUCACUUUUUGCUGCUAAGCUCGAAUGGAGUCAUACAACCACCUUCGUCACUGACGCAGCCACCGAAGGUAACUCGCACCAACUGGAACUUGGCCAAGCAGCUCGUGGAUCAAUUUUGGAGACGGUGGAUUAGCGAAUACCUCCCAAUAAUAUCCAAAAGGACGAGAUGGUUCAGUGAAACGGAAGCUCUCAAAGUAGACGAUUUGGUGCUGAUCGUUAACGAAGGACAAAGGAAUGGUUGGACAAGAGGACGAGUACUGACGGUGAUCCCCGGCCGCGACGGCCGCAUUCGACAGGCGACAGUGCAAACGGCGGCAGGGAUACUGAAACGACCAGUAGCUAAAUUGGCAGUGCUGAACGUCCAGGACAGCUGUAACGCAACAGUACCAGCGGAACCGGAAAGGCGUUACGGGUCGGGGGAUGUGGACGGAAGCAACAGCAUCGACGGUACAACAUUGCGUGAGGGUCCCUCGUCAAACAGCAAACACAUCUACACCACCGGGGUAGCUGAGCGAAGUCUACGUCGAUCGGGCCGUCUAGCUAGUGCCAACCAGAAGAAGUGGAAGAAUUAAGCGAAACGAGUAGGGAUUGUACGCAGUGCGCUUUGCAGAACGCCACCUUUUUUGUUUAAAACGACUUAAACAUAACAAUUAGUAGUUUUAAAACAUUGCGCUGAACGAUACUCCGUGUACGACCGAAGCGAGUGGUUCUAGACCGUGGUCGCGAGAACCACACAGCUACUUCGGUUCCGAGCAGAACCUGGCAAGUGUCCAAACGGCCAAGGAGGCCAAAAAAAUCCCCAGAACACGCGUAAGCAAUUAGGUAUGAUCAAAUGUGAAUUAGCUCCAAACAUACCUCCUAACAAUCUCUGUACGAACGAUUACCAUAGGCUGGGCAAAACUGGUCGUCACCGAACAUCGUUGUCGUGUUUAAUGAGCAAUCGGAUUGAGGGAAAACUAAUUGUAAGUCUACAGAACAUCUACUGAUAGCAAUGAACUUAAUAAAACGAAUUAUUUCAGCUUUGAGCUGCUCUACACAAAACAGCUGCUGCAAAGAGUUUCACCCAAAUCAACAAACCGAAACAUUUUAAAAAACUGGCACUUAAUUGAAAAGUGAUCCAGAUUAUAAAGUUAUAACCAAUAACAGAAUGAAUCGAAA